AUUAGUGCAAAGACGGAUGGAGUUACCUACCCCUUGCUCUCGCAUGAUUGGUUAAUGUGAACUGGGGCAGAGGCGGUUUCAAAAUUUUGAGUUGAGGCCUGAAGUCAACGAUUUCUGACAGAGUGAUGCAGAUCACAAGUACACGCGGACACGAGGGUUACCAGGAUGCUAGAGUAACUGUGGAGAAAUCUACUCAUCUUUUCCCAUUCGCCAUAGAUGCAUAACCGCUCGCUCACUCUCUUUGAAUUGGCGCGACUUAAUUGUCAAUACAACAACAACGCCCUGUUAUUCGUGCCUGUGUUUUUGAGUUAAGAAAUUGGAGUUGUUUCUUUUUAUUUCUUUGUUUUUUUAAUUAACUUUUCGAGUUAAUUGUUCUAUCAACAUUAUGUCUGAACCACCACCAUCACCUUCGAAAACUAAAAUGAAGCGAGUUUUGCCGAAUGUACCUAAAAAUAGAUUUCAAGAAAAUUCCGGACGUUUUUCUCCAUCGACAAAAACUGUGACUUUCAAUUCGGAAAUAAUUGAAACUUCCAUUGGUGGUACUCAGAGUUAUGGACACAUCAAAUGUGACCCGUUAAGUCCAUGUAAUGGCUGUGAAUAUCACAGUUCCAAAUGUGUCAAGAAAGCUCCACAAGUCUCAACAGAUGUUGAUAUGUAUGAAAAUGACAAUGUGAUGGAAUCUGGGAAGAUGGUUUCAGUGGCAAUGGAACCCAGCUGUAAAACUAAAAAGGCAGAAGCUGAUAAAACCGGUUCACAUUCUCAUGGAAGUGAAAAACGAUCUGCCCAGACCAGCAGACCACAAUCUGAAAAUAAUGACCCAAGCAAGGUGAAAAAUGACACCAUGGGUAGAAAGUCAGGAAAGGACCAUGGUCCAGAUGGUUUUACACCUAGCAGGAGGAUGAAGAACAUGCUGAGAUCCAAGACUCUGUCCAGCGGGGCUUUAGGAGAUGUGCCUGCUACCUCACUCUCCCCUCCCACCAAACACAACAACCUGCUGAACCUUCAUCCAAUGGGAGACAGCCCAACCAAGAUCCCAGUGUUGGCCCGUCGUACUAUCCAGUCAUUUCCUGAUGGACAGAGUCCUACGGCUGCACGAGAAAACUCGGCAUCUCACAAGGACUCAACGGUGCAACAGUCCCCAGUCCAGGACUUACAGUUGCCUGCUCGCUCAUUCCCCCUCUCUGCCUCGCACAACCUGACACCUGUGAGGCGGCACACUCUGGAGAGGCUGCCUCCUACCCCGGAGUGUUACAACAAAGUGAACUUUGAGACAUAUAGGACUGGCCUUGGUGCAUCAAAUGACUCGUUGAUGGAAACUGAUGAAAUGUCAGAGUGUGAGAACGAAGGAGGAAGCUGCAGUGUGACUGUGGCUGUCCGAGUGCGACCAUUCAGUCAAAGGGAGCUGUCUGACAACAAUGUGAGAUGUGUGGUGGGAAUGACUGACAAUGAGACUGUGGUCACCUCGGACAACGGCCAGAAACAUCCAUUUUAUUACGACUUCUCGUUCUGGUCGUUCGACGAUGAACAUGGCGACUUUGCCAGUCAGGAAUAUGUGUACACCAGCCUAGCCAGGCCGCUGCUGGGCAAGGCUUUCGAAGGAUACAACACCUGUCUGUUUGCUUAUGGACAAACUGGAAGUGGCAAGAGUUACAGUAUAAUGGGUCACGGCAGGGAGGCAGGCAUUAUCCCGCGCUUUAGUGAGGAAUUGUUCGCCCGAAUGGAGGCAGCAACGUCGGACCAACCUGUGAGUUCUCGUGUUAAGAUGAAUGUUGAGAUCAGCUUCUUUGAGAUUUACAAUGAGAAGAUCCAUGACCUGCUGGCUUCCUCCAAGGAAAAGUCGGGUAAAAAAGCGCUGAAGGUUCGAGAACAUCCUGUGCUAGGACCGUAUGUUGAAGGCCUGUCCACUUUUGUGGUGAACUCCUUUGAGGAUAUUCAGGGGUGGAUAACUCUGGGUAAUAAAAGUCGAGCCACAGCAGCGACUGGGAUGAAUGACAAGAGUAGCCGUUCCCAUUCCGUGUUCACGUUAGUUCUCACCCAAACAAAGUCUGAGUAUCUGGAAGGUCAGAACCAUGAUCAUUCCAUCACAAGUAAGAUCAACUUGGUGGACCUGGCGGGCAGUGAGCGGCAGACAACUGCUCAGACCUCAGGAGAAAGGCUGCGGGAAGGUGCUAACAUCAACAAAUCACUGAUGACCUUGGGCAAGGUCAUAUCACUGCUGUGUGAGCGAUCCACCAGUAAGCGCAAGAAGCUGUUUAUCCCGUACAGGGAUUCCGUCCUCACAUGGUUGCUGAAGGAGAGUUUGGGAGGUAACUCCAAGACAGCGAUGAUAGCCACCAUCAGCCCAGCCAAUCACCACACAGAAGAGACUCUCAGCACGCUGCGCUAUGCCAAACAGGCAAGGAGUAUCGUGAACAACGUGAGGGUGAACGAAGACCCGAAAGCCAGGCUGAUUAAACAGCUGCGAGCAGAAAUAGACAAGCUUCGCUCUCAGACUGGGGUCACCAGUGAGAUGGUUCAGGCCUCCAGCCUGGCGGAAAUCGCCUCACUCAAGGAGAAGCUGGCCGGGAAAGAGAAGGAAAUGGAGGAGGCGUCACGGUCAUGGAAAGACAAACUUCAGAGAUCUGUGGCUAGGAAAGAAGAAGAGUUAAAGACUCUUGAGAAAGCCGGAGUCAGUUUUAAGGUGGACAACAAGCUGCCUAACUUGGUCAACCUGAACGAGGAUCCGCAGCUGUCGGAGAUGCUGCUGUAUGUCAUCAAGGAGGGGACUACACGUGUGGGACGCAGAAUUGACGGCUCCACACACGACAUACAGCUCACCGGAGCGCUCAUUGCUGAUGAUCACUGUGUAAUUAACAAUGAGAAGGAAGAGGUAAGCCUGUCACCUAACCGUGAAGCCCCGACCUACAUCAAUGGCAACUUGAUCACGGAGACCUGCAUCCUUCACCACGGUGACCGUGUCAUACUUGGAGGUGACCAUUAUUUCAGGUUUAACCAUCCAAUAGAAGUGCAGAGACAGAAGAAGACCUCUAACGGGACAGAGAUCAAGGACUUUGAGUUUGCUAAACAGGAGCUGAUGAGAGUACAAGAGUCCAGACUACAGGCAGAGCUGGAAGAAGCCAAGAGAGUCGCUCAAGAGGAGAUGACAGUGGAGCUGGAGAAGAUCAAAAAGGAGGCAGAGGAGGAGUUUAAUGCUCAGAAAACGGGGUAUGAGGGAAAGCUGGCAAACUUACAGAACUCUCUGCAAAGCCAGAAGGAGAAGCUGGAAGAAGCUCAGAAAGAGGCUGCGGAACUGCAGAAACAGAAAAUGUUAUUAGAACAAGAGGUUUUAGCUGGCAAGAAGAAGCAGCAGCUUGAACAGAAGCCGACAAAUUUUGACUUUGUUGACUGGAAACGUUAUGAGGGUGUCGACUGGAAACGUUCUAAAAUUCUGGAUCUCUUGCAAGCUGAGAAGGAAAAACUGACCAAGAAAUUAGAAGAGGCGAAACAACGGACUCAAAAGCGUUUGGAAAUGCCACCCCCUUCGAAAAAACAGAAAAUGGCCUCCGUUGAUUUUGGUAAAACAGAUUUGUACAAAACUGCCCUGCUUCUGAGUGAAGCCAACAGGAUCAGCCAGCAUCUGAAAAAACACACGACCUUCAGUCGUCAAGACAUUUUUGAAAGUGAAGAAAUGAAGACUUUCGUGAAAGUCACAAAUACGAAGUUGAACAUCUGUACUUAUUGGCCUUUGCCAAAGUUUGAAGAAAAGCUCCUGUCAAUGAGAGAAUUGUACCAGGGAGAGGGAGAUAACUCUACAGUAGAUGAGGUGUUUUAUGACUCUACUGAUAACUGGGAAAAGGAGACUGGGUUUAACUCCCCUAGAAGCUCCCGCAAAUCCCGUCGGACGUCGAGUGGGCGUCGCCUGUCUCUUCUAGGAUCUCCGCUCCUCAACAGUACCAGACUGAACAGUUCAAGUUCACAAAGGUCAGAGAGUGUUACAGAUGUCAGCUGUACUGCAUCAUUCGCGACCUUAGCGCGUAGUGUGCUCAACCUGUCCAUUGACAAGAGGAAAGGUGUUCAGAGUCAGACUGAGAGCAUCGCGGACGAGGUUCUACUCCACGCUGAGACUCUCAAGAUGGCCGUUACCUCCAUCAUGGACGCUCCCAAAGGCUCUAGUGCAGACUCUUCAGACACAGACUCUGCCUCCUGUCACAUGGUACAGCUACUAACCUCCUACCAGGUGCUCCUGUCCCAUGCCUCGCUCUGGUCUUCGCUGUACAGGGCUGUAGACUCUCCACUUAUCCUAGACCUUACCGAGAAAAUCUCUGAGAUCGUCAAGGAGCUGGGCAACCACAUGGGCCUUUUCCUUCAGGGCUGUGAGAAUGAGAUCGAGAGUAUGGUGCAGGAAUUUGGGACUAAGGUGCUGGACUGUCUCUACUCUCUGUGUAAGAACUGCGGGGAGCUGGCCCUAGCAACAGACACGCCCAUGGCAACCCUUUACUCCACCCCUCAAGAUGAUGUCAGUAGUGAUGAUGAGAACGCCCACACUGCAAAGCUGUGCCCGGCCAUUUGUCAGGCCUUCCUGGGAGGCUGUGAUGUGUUUGUGGACAAAACUCUACAGGGUGGCAUCAGGACCCUCGAGGAUUGUGAGGUCAAAGUUCAGGCGUGCUCAGAGGAGAUGACCAAAUCAGCACCGGCAUUGAGUGUUGUGCCCAUUCAUGUCGAGGUUGUCAUGGGAACAUCGCGAGUUCUCCUGGAAAAGUGCCAAGAGAUCCAGGUAGAAGUAGACAACUCUAUGAUGGACACGGCAGAGGCGAAACCUGCGCAGUUCUAUCAGCACAGUUACUCUCGCUCACAAAGGCUCGUGUCAAACAUCAGCUGUUUGGUAGAUGCGGUUAAUCUAAUUAUGAACACCACAGAGUCCAUUGCCCAAGACGCAGACACAGACCUGAGGAAGAUCUGUCGAUGUGCCGACAUGAUCCAGAAGGCAGCUGUCAAGCUAUUGGCUGUCUCAAAAAAGGACUCUUUCAUUGGUCCACUACCAAGUGGGAGUAGCCAAUCAGAUUUGCUGGAUGUGUCCGUGUUGUCGGACUCGCAAGUUGACCAGCUGGGCGUAUUUAUUCAGGAGGUGAAGCUGGCAGCAAACACAUUGACGGAGAAGGUUCAACAGGUCAUGGAUUCUGAUUUGAUGAAAAUGACCUCAACUCGAGGAAAGCGGACUCUUCCUGCGUCUCCAGAUCGAGUUUCGACGCCAGUGUCGGUUCUACAAGCCAAAAACAGAACCUUGUGGAAGAGUGCCUCAUUGGUUGACGAACAGAAAUGAAUUUUGAGCCUGGUUUUUUGAAAUUUGCGAAGUAGGCAGUUUCAUUGAUAUUCAUCCACAUACAUUUUUUGUAAUAAGUCUGCAGCAUAAUGAUACCACUUCCUAAAUCUAAAUAUAGCGCAGUCGAGAGGACCCAUGAGGCACUGGUUCAAACCUGGCCUUGGACAGAGAAUUUUUAUAUUUUUAGAUUGCACGUACGUCUUCGGUGACAAGCAGUCAGUGAUGCUGAUGUGGCUGAUCGCGCAGUAAGACGUUUCUCUAGAUCUAUAAGAAACUAAAACUCUUCGUAUUUGUGUAAAAACAUGGAAUGUGGAUUGAUUUUGUGAGUAAAUUCAGAUUAAUGCAUAACCUGCUUUGUCAUGUCUGGGAAGACGUAUUUCUGAUAAAGGUAAUGCAUCAGCAAAUUUUGAUUUUUUAACUUCUCAACUAUAUUGUUAUAAUGCCAAAUGGAAAUUCGGUAAUGAACAGUGGUGAAUUUUUUGUUUUUUCUUUCUUGCUGCAGAAUCUAACAUAUAUACACACUUACUGUUUCAUGCUAUGUUUUUCUCAAGCUAUUUUCUACAAGCUAUUUUUGGUGGAAUUCAGUAUAUGUAAUCUUGAUAUUAGCAAAUAAUAGCAAAGAAUUUAUGCAUUUGUACACAUAACAUUAAAUUUCUAUGUUUGUUUUUACAUGUAUGCUUUACUGCCCAAGACCACACUGCCAGAUUCAUUUUCAUAUUUACCGUACGACCAUUUUCAUCCCUAAAAGUAGCAGUUGUCAUAUUCUUGAACAAGUUUCCAGCAUGUUGAAUACUUUCAUGUGUUUUGCAUAUAUAUAUAUAUAUACAUGUAUUUUAAAAGAAUAGAAAGUCAUUCAUUGGAUUCUGUCAUGCUUUUCAUUCAGAGACAUGGUACGCUAAAUAAUACAUUAGCUAUUGAUGAAGAAUACAUUGUUCUUCAUGUGGCGUAUCACUGUGUAAAGUGUAUCUCUGGCAAACCAGUGCUAGCAAAUAGCAGUCUCAUGGCAUCCACGUUUAUGGUUA